AUGAACGAUGUGAGCAGAUUAUUAUCGCCUGAUAGGGUGCGGGCAUUCUUUCAACCUCGUAAGAGAAAGUAUAUUAAACGUAAUCAAGAGGAGGCAGCACAACGGCUAUUCCGACAUUUCUUUGCUGAAAAUCUGAUUUAUCCACCAAACAUAUUUCGUAGAAGGUUUUGGAUGCGACGAGAGUUGUUUCUUUGCAUUUUAAACGGUGUUACAACAUAUGACGAAUGGUUCAUCCAGAAAAUGAUUGCUGCAAUCCGUAUACUCGCAUAUGGAAUUUCAGCUAAUCUUUGUGACGAGUAUAUAAAGAUUUCUGAGCGCAUUGCGAUCGAAAGCUUGAAGAAGUUUUGUGAUGCUAUAAUUGCUAUGUAUGCGGAGCAGUACCAACGCUCACCAAAUGCAGAUGACAUUGCACGUCUGCUUCGAGAAGGAGAAGAGAGAGGUUUUCCAGGUAUGUUUGGCUCUAUAGAUUGUAUGCAUUGGGAAUGGAAGAACUACCCCACAGCAUGGCAUGGCAAGCACACGGGAAGAAGCCAUAAACAUACCCUCAUAUUGGAGGCCGUUGUAUCGAAAAAUCUGUGGAUCUGGCAUGCUUUCUUUGGUAUGGCUGGUUCACACAAUAACUUGAAUGUUCUCGAUCAUUCCCCAGCAUUCAAGAGUAUGAUCAAUGGUUCAAUGCCUCCAGUUAAUUAA